GUUUCCUUCUCCCUUUUUCUCCGCUUUCCUCUACCACAUUUCUUUCGUGCUCCCACCGCAUAUCGCUGCAUCACCGUUCCUCCUCCGUACCUAGUGCCGCCAUCGUGCCGCCGGAUUAGGUCAGACAAACGGAAACUCGCUGUGCAACGACGGUCCUGGAACCCAAGAACCAUGCCAGUUGCUUUCGGAGCAGCGAGCUUGUCAUGAGAUUGUCAUGUAAUGUAUUCUGACCCCGUCGCCUAUCCGGGCAAAACUGAGCUUAACCCAGAGCCUCCGCGCCAUCUCCCCGGCGAAAGCCCUCCCUCCCACCUCAUGAGUUCCAGAAUCUAGAAUCUAGAAUCUAGGUUCGCUUUUCCGUUAGUUCUUUGUGCUGCCGUCAGAAUCAUCUCGCCGCGAUAAGCAGGACUAGUAGAUAGUAAUUAGCUCCAUGUUUUUUGGGACUACCGUUUGGUACUAAGUGCAGCUACGUCAGGCGACAGCAGGUGCCACCUUUCCUACACUAGCUCCGUUGACUUGCGUAGAUUGACCCUUGGCUUUGGGUGCCGAGCUUUGGGAUCCACGCCGUCUUCGAUCUUCACAAUCUGUGAUCUUCACAAUUAGUUAAAGCGAUGGCGCUUAUAAGGAGGAUGUUGCUGUCGUUCUUCGUAGCUCUGGUUACAAUGGCGCAUCUCGCCUCGUCGUAUCAAGUGGGGGAUUACGUACCGCUGGCCAGGAAAGGCCAGUUCAACAACAUGCGGACGCAUUGGCACGACGCCAUUGGACGGCACUGCCCACGAUUCGGCAUCAACAGAGAGGUGGCGCUGCCCAUUCCGCGCCCCGUGGGGUUCGAGAUGUCGGAACACUCCUAUAAGAUGUCAUUGUCAGUCGGAAAUGAGAAGUUUGUGACGCCGUGGCUGCUUGUGAUUGGUCGGAAGAGCAAUAACGUCCCCCUUAUUGAGGUCACCCUGACCCAUUUUGCGGGUGACUUGAGGGGAGUGCAGGCGCAGGUGCACAAUCUGCCGCACGAAUACCUGGAGCGCCAUCGGCAGCUCGCGCUGGAGUUCAGAAACGAGACACACUGGCCCAAGCACGUGCUGAUGAAGUACACCUGGCUGGAGUACGCUGAGGUGGACGUCACAGCUGGUCUCCUCGUGCUCUUCGCCUCCACCUUCAUCCUCACAACGUUUCUGGCAGUCUACAUCCUUCAGUCGUCCAAGGAUAAAUUGGCCAAGUUCAUGAACGAGCAGAUGGCUGAGAGCGCUGCUGCUACAGUGCCAGGAGGGGAGGUUGCCAAGGUGGAUUGAGAAGUUCGGUGCAGAGUGGUAACUGGCUGGGAUGGCACUGUUAUGGCGUGCCAAAUCUAUUUUCCUGCGCUACACCACCUAUUGACAAAAUGAAUAUUCUUGUGGCUGCCUGUAGCAAGACGGCUGGUGGUGACGAGCAGCCAGGCAAUUGUUAAACAGAACGCGUGGAAAUAAUAGUGCCUCCAUCCUAGUGCAUCCUUCUAAAACACUCAAAAGCAUUAAUUUGAUUGUUAUAUCGCUAUUUGUUUUACCUUGAAUGUCAUUUGAUUGUUGGAUAA